CCCUUUGCACCAGCCCAGCGAUCUCGAAAUCUUCCACUUACGCGCUCGAAUGACCUCGUAGCGUCUUGCACCGUAUAUAAUAAUAACCGCCUCGCAAUCUCUAUCCUACCUCUGCUACGAGGGGUUAUGAAAAUUUGUGUUGCUGGUAACAAUGCACUAGGUAGUCUCAUCGCUCACCACAUCCGUCUUGCAACACCUUCAUCCCACUCUGUCACUCUCCUCCAUCGAAAUGAAAUCGACGCUUUUGAAGCACCCACUGGUUUCUCCCUUCGAGCCCGAAAUACCACCACCACCAGCUCUGGUAUCGAAAACGACACCUUUAAGCCGACAAGAACAGCGGCGACGCCUAUUGAGUCUCUCAUUCUUGCCACGCGACCGUAUUGGAGCGUGCGGGUAUUGGAGCAGUUGGCGCCACGACUCGCGCCGCAUUCUACCAUUGUGCUUGUCCAAAAUGGGCACGGAUUGGCCAUCUACGAUCGAGCUAUCAGGAAACUCUUCGCAGACCGCAACACGCGCCCCCACUUCAUCUUCGCCAACACCACCCACACUGGCUAUUUUGAGCCAGGUAGACCGCGUAUUCUUCACCAUACAAACGUCGGCACACUCCAAUUUGGGAUUGCCCGAGACCCAUCGGGACGUAACUUCGAGGCCAGCCUCUCCAGUGCCAGCUCGGACACUCCCGUUCACGACCGAACUCUUCGCCUUUCAGACGUGGCAGCGUCCGCCAAUGACGACCAGUUUCUCCGAUAUCGCAGCCUACGUAAUACGAUCGCCGCUAUGCUUCUCUCAGAGUCUCUCAAUACGUCUUGGAAGCCAGUACAACACAUACAAUGGGCACUCCGAAGCAACCUCGUGUCCAACUCAAUCAUCCAACCACUCUCCUCCAUCAUCGGUUGCCCGACCCGCGAGAUAUUCCAGCAAGCCAGCGCCGUCAACAUUGCUCGACGAAUAUGUGUCGAAGCAACAAGGGUUUUCAAGCAGGAACACCAGCUGAUGGCUAAGAAAUCCAUUGUGGAGGACAUUGAUGGUCGGCUCAUAGGUGUAGGCAGACUUCCCGCAAUGUUAGACGAGGGUCGUCUGUUGGGAGACUGCCUGAAGUAUGCCGAGGAAUCAAUAUAUGAAGCUGACAUGCUCAAGUCAAUGCGACAUCAUCGACCGCCAGAGGUUAGCUACCUGAACGGAUACCUGCUUCUCAUGGGCAAGACCUAUGGCAUCCAAAUGCCUACAACCGCUGCAGUGGCAGAUCUGGUCCGGUUACGCUACCACAUACCGCUAGACAACAUAUCGACCUAA